AUGCAUGAAAAAAGAAUACAUGAUGAUGAUGUUUUGAUACCUGAGGAUCCUGGCAGGUCAAUCGAUGUUUACUUAAGGCAGUUGGUUGAUGAGCUGAAGGAUUUAUGGACAAACGGUGUGCGCACGUAUGAUAAAUCAACUAGGAAGAUGUUCACUUUGCGGACAGCAGUUAUGUGGACUGUGAAUGAUUUUCCAGCAUAUUCAAUGGUUUCUGGGUGGAGCACAAAGGGUUAUAUAGCAUGUCCUGUAUGCAAGGAAGAUGUAACUUCUGAUUGGCACGCUAGAAAAGUUUGUUACCUUGGUCAUCAGAGAUGGUUGCCAUGGGACCACGAGUGGCAGGAAAAAGAUAAAGAGUUCGACAAGAACACAGAGUGUCGCCUCAGACCUAGAGAAUGGUUCAGUGAUGAGAUCUUGGAACAGCUUAACCGUUUGGAUUUUGCUCCGUUCGAGAAAACAGUUAGUCGGACCAGAACUUCUACACAUAUGAACUGGUUGAAACUCAAAUUGAGGCACAAUCUAGAUGUGAUGCAUGUUGAGAAAAAUGUAUUCGACACAUUGGUAGGCACGAUUCUAGAUAUCGAGGGCAAGACAAAGGACACAAUCAAAGCUCGUCUUAAUUUGGAAAGAAUGGGCAUACGAAGGGGUUUAUGGAUGAAUAUGGACAGUGAUAAAGCUAAAAGGGAUCUUGCAUUUUUGCUAUGA